ACUUGCUCCCUGCCGCCGAGAGGACUUGCGCCGCCCUUCUCCGUCGCUCCGUAGUAUGCAAGGCUUCCUGUCGGCGUCUUGAAGCUCACGCCCUCGUCCUCGCUGUGUCUUGAAGGAGAGGUGUGGACACGUGUAUUGAGGUGUUCCGGAGUUUUCUUGAGCUUUCGCAUUAAUCAUUUUAAAUGGUCUAAAACUUGAUAUGAAAGCUUUGAUAUUACUUGCAAUACAGUGACGUGUAUCAAGAAAAGAAAUAAGGAUAUUUCUGUACACAUUGAAAGGGAAUGCUUGGAAGCUUACCUUGUCAGAAAGUUGUCUCACGAACUUAGUUGGAAAAAAAAGUUUCUUAACUCUGCUUCCCAAAGCAUCUCAGUGAAGACACGCCAAAAAAAAAAAAAAAGACAAAAAAAAAAUGCGAAAGUCUUGUUCGGUUUUGUGCAUUCAACAGUUGUAACGAGCUCCAUUCAUCGUCCACUGUGCUGCAGGAAGCGUGUUGUCGUGAGAGUCAGUGUUGGGUGUCUUAAGUGCAGCGGUCACCUGUCUGGGGGGCGCCGGAGCAGCCAUGGCCCUGCGCUGGCCGGCCCUCGCCCUCCUCCUUCUGGGGGCGUUGCUGGGGGUGUCUUUGGCCACGGAGAUCAACAGCCAAAGACAGCCCCAACGCGCCCUCUCCUCCUCGGAUAUACAGCAGACGAUCCACACCUCCGCCAUGGCUGUGGUGAAAGAGAGGGCGCGGCUGCCUUGUGACGUGACCUCUGUGGUGCCCGAGGACAGGAUAGUGUUGAUAUUGUGGUACCGAGGCAUCACCGGUACUCCAAUAUACAGUUUUGACGCACGAGGAACAACAGUAGAGAACGGCAAGCACUGGAAAGACGAGGAAGUUCUCAAAAAACGGGCUUAUUUUCACCUCCUCCCGGGCAGCACGUGGGGCGGCCCCUCGGCUCCUGGUGCCCACCUAGAGCUGUUCCCGGUGAAGGACAGUGACCAGGAGAGUUACCGUUGCAGAGUGGACUAUCUCCUCUCCCCCACCAAGAACACCAUCAUCAACUUCACCGUCAUUAUCCCGCCGGAAAAGCCUCAGAUCUACAAUGCCUCCAAUUACCUGAUCGUGGGUAAGUCCGACGCCAGCAUCAUAGGACCUUAUAAUGAGGGUGAGCAGCUGGAUCUCAUCUGCAAAGUUACUGGAGGCCGACCCACACCUACUGUCAUGUGGUUCGUGAACGAGGAGGCUUGGCAGGCGCCGGUCACCCAGGAGGCGCCAGGAGUGAUCAGCGCCACCCUCACCUUGCCGCAGCUCACACGCCGCCACCUCCACGCCGUGUUCGAGUGUAGAGCCUUCAACUUCAAUGGCUCCAUGCCCGCCACAGCCACCGCCACCCUCGACAUGAACUUUCGCCCGCUCAACGUCACCAUCCUGACCACGCAAGACUACCUGAGUGCCGGCACGGAGUACGAGCUGGUGUGUCAGUCGUGGGGCUCGCGGCCGUCAGCCAUCAUCAGCUGGUGGAAGGGCGGCACCACAGCCCUCAAGGACGCCCUCAUGACGACUUCCCCGGACAGCAAUGUGACCACCUCUAUCCUAAAGUACCGUGCCGAGAUGACCGACAGCGGGAAGCACCUUACAUGUCGCGCCAUCAACCAGCACAUCUUGCAGUCGGCACGCGAGGACAGUCUGCGCCUCAACGUGUACUACAAGCCCGUGGUGACGCUGCAGAUGGGGAACAAUCUCAACCCAGACAACAUCAAGGAGGGCGACGAUGUGUACUUUGAGUGUCACAUCAACGCCAACCCUGUGGUGCGUCACGUGUCUUGGCUGCAUAACGGUGACCCGGUGGAGCAUCGUGGGAGCAAAGGAGUCCUUAUCCAGAACCAGACGUUAGUACUUCAGGGACUCUCCAAGGACGCCGCGGGACUGUACACGUGCAAGGCAACCAACAGCGAAGGAGAAGGGACGAGCCAACCAGUAGACCUCAGCGUGAAAUACAAGCCGUACUGCCGCCGCCACAGUAAGAACGUCUACGGCACGGCUCUGCACGAGCCCGCCAGUGUAACGUGCGAGGUGGAGGCCAGUCCUGGCCCCGUCACUUUCAGAUGGACCUUCAACAACACCUCCGAGCACCUGCCCAUCCCCGCCUCCGCCGUCACGUCCAAGGAGCUGGUGUCGGUUGCAAGCUACGCCCCCAAGAGCCACCUGGACUACGGCACGUUGCUUUGCUGGGCCUUCAACAGCAUCGGGGAGCAGGCCGUGCCGUGCGCCUUCGCCAUCAUCCCAGCAGGCCAUCCAGACCCGCCCAAGAACUGCUCCAUCGCCAACCAGACCACGGAGACCAUAGAGGUGGAGUGCGUGGCGGGCUUCGACGGCGGUCUGCCCCAGACCUUCUAUAUGGAGGUGUAUGACUCCAGCACGGGGGCGCUGCAUCGGAACAUGUCCUCACGCGAGCCUCUAUUCCUGCUGACGGCGUUGAGACCCGGACUGGCCUUCCUCAUGGUGACCUACGCCGCCAACGCCAAGGGUAGGAGUGACAAGGCGGAGCUGGAGACCUUCACCCUUAAAGUUGCUGAGAAGAGAACAGGUCCUCCCGCGCUGCUGGAAUUCACUCCUUUCCUCGGCAUCGUCCUCGGAGUCGUCCUCGUCAUCUUCCUCGUUGUUAUCGUCAUCAUCGUCGUCUUUAAGUUCCGGAAGCCACAGGUCAGCCGCACGGAGGAGGGAGAGGCAGCCGGGGAGGAGUUUAAGAGUGACCUAGAAAACAAGCCGGCGGGGGGUGUGGUGUUGCGUGCCCGCCCCAAGGAAGGUCCCAGCGAGGCAGAGGACAAGGACCCUGACAUCAUUCCCCCACACGCCGAGUCAAUAAUGAUGAGGCCGCCUCCUCCUGCAGACCUCAUGACCUACACGAACUAUGAGGAUCUGGAGCGAGGCGGCGGCGGCGGCGUUGGCAGCAGUGGUGGCGGCGGCGGCAUGAGCCAGUCCCAGUUCGGUGCCAAAUUCGAGCCAGCGCCUCCAGUAAGAGCUUCUCCAUUACAGCGUAACCAGGCGGACGUGGGCGGGGAGCUGAACUACGUGGAGUUGUCCCUGCCACCUGACAAUCUUCCUGGAGGAGGCUACAGUGACGAGGACCCGUGCGUGUAUCCCUCCCUGGGUCAUCGAAGGAGCCUGUGCCUCAACCCUCCGCCUCCAGCCCCUGAAGACGCAUCCGACGCUGCUGAGAAUAUUUACGCGACUCUGGGUUUGCGGAGAGGUGUGGGAGGAGGUGGAGGGAUGAGGGGCAUGGCGGGCUUCACGCAUCACGCCAGUAACCCAAAUCUGUACGCCACGUUAAACUACAGACGCGGCGUGACUACCACUACUCUAAACCCCAGCUUGUAUGCCACCCUCCCCCAUCGCCGAGACGUCGCUGGCACCGCCGCCUCCUCCACCUCCUUCGCCUCCAGCAUCAGCGUCAACAAUAUCAACAACACCUCACCGCCUGGUUUCAGAGACUUGAGGAGAAGCUUCGUCGGUCCCCUCAUCAGGAGACCGAGCGAGAGUGCCGUGUGAAUAACGUUACGAGCGACUGAAGAAGGGCGAAUGGUCCCGUAGAUUUGCUAUUAUGUUUAUUGUCGGGUGGGUGAGGUGGAGAGCAUCUGCUUCCUCUCUGGAUAAGAACUAAAAACGUGUGUUGGAACUGUUGGUGACUCUGUUCUUGCGCCAUGAAGUGAGCUGAGCCGCUCGCUGGUAUACACAGUAACUUCUGUGCUGAUAGUGUACGUGCAGUGUCCUUCCCAAGGGUGAGGGAGCUCGGGUCUGGCUUCCAACUUACUAAAACAUAUAAAAAGUAUAAAAAAAUAUGAAAAAAAGAAGUGAAUGUUUCAGUGUAGCUUUCUCUGGACGCGUGCUCUAUUUCUGAAAUGUUUUAUAUGUGAUAAGUGUCACUUCAUUUCCUUCUACAGACAGGAGCAAACCGAAGUGAAGGUGGAAAAAAGGGACCGUGUGUGUGUGUGUGUGUGUGUGUGUGUGUGUGUGUGUGUGUGUGUGUGUGUGUGUGUGUGUGUGUGUGUGUGUGUGUGUGUGUGUGUGUGUGUGUGUGUGUGCGUGUAUGCUUGUUUUGUGGUUCAUUUACUGCUGCACUAUUUGUCUCGCAGGAGCAUUAUGACCUUCCUCAACCCAUGGUCGAAGGAACACUUAUAUGCAAGUUAAGGAGAGGAAGAUAAAACGAUUCUAUGAUCAUUAAUCGAACGAUGAAAACAAAGGCGGGCCCUCUCACCUCACCUCAAGAACCCUCACUCGCCUCCGCCUCGCCCCGACUCUGUGUAAGAGUCCCUGUACACCACUAUGUUUAUGUCUUACCGUGCAAUAUAUCUUUGUUUUCACUGUUGCUGUUGGCGGGAGGUGGAGCUGCCACGAACCCCACGAGUAUAGCACAAAUAAAUCUUAGCCAGAGGAGGGAACAUUUUAUGGAUGUAACUGUCACGGGAAGGAGGUUCGCACCGCCAUCAGCUGGAGGUGUACGAGUGUAGAUGCCAGUUUCCACCUGUAGGAAGGGAGAAAACUUCUUUAAAAU